CUUGUCCGGGUCUCCAAGUGGGAGGAGAGCACCGCAUCUCGGAACGCGCCGAGUAUAUGAGCACCCGCCACUGUCCACGCCGGCCUCCCUCGCGCGCGGCUCCUCAUCACUUCUCGCCUCGCCCGAAAAAGCUAUGGCCCUGCGCUCUCCCCGCCGCCAAGCGUAACGAGGCCGCCGUCGUCGGCAGCGCGAGGAGAGCCCCAGCGCGUACGUGCAGCUCUGCGCCGCGGGAGCUAGCUAGCCAGCUAGCUGUAGAGGAUGGCGCACGAUCCGAGCCUGGCGUACGCGGACUACUUCGCGGCGGCGGGCGGCGUGGCCACGCUCGUCCCGGAGGUGGACGCCGCGGGGGAGGACGACGGCCACCUGUACGGCGGCGCGAACGCGCACCACCACCACCACGGGCUCGACGUGUUCGGCGGGGCCAGGGGUGGCCUCGUGCCGGCCGCGGCGCACCACGGCAAGGGCGCCGCAGCCGCGCUCGGGGACUUCGGCCUCGGCGGCGCCGAGCACCACCGCCUGCUGCUGGGCCACGGCCAGCAGGCGCCGCUGACGUCCCUGUCGCUGCACGGGUCCGCCGAGGCCGCGUCGCUGGCGCUGCACCACCACCAGCUUGGCGGCGGCGCGCUCAGGCAGCACCAGCCGGCGGCGUGGCCGCCGCCGCCGCAGCAGCAGCAGCAGGGCGGCGCCGCGUGGCACCUGCGCGGCUCCAGAUUCCUGCCCCCGACGCAGCAACUGCUGCAGGAAUUCUGCGGCCUCCCCGUGGAGGCCGCCAGCGCGGCGGCUUCCAAGCCGCCGACGAAGCCGGGGAGCGAGGACGGCGCCGGGGAGGGGUCGUCGUCGUCCUCGGCCCCGUCGGCGCAGAUCCAGGCCAUGGACGCCGCCGAGCUGCAGAGGCUCAAGGCCAAGCUCUACGCCAUGCUCCAAGAGGUGGAGAGGAGGUACCGGAGGUACCGCGAGCAGAUGAGGGCGGUGGCGGGGUCCUUCGAGGCGGUGGCCGGGGAGCGGGCGGCGGCGGCGUACACGAGGCUGGCGUCGCGGACGAUAUCCAAGCACUUCCGGAGCCUGCGGGACGGGGUGGCGGCGCAGCUGCAGGCGGUGCGCCGGGCGCUCGGCGAGAAGGACGCCGACGGCGGCGGCGCCCCGGGGGCGGCCGGGAUGGCCAACAAGGGGGAGACGACGCCCAGGCUGCGGGUGCUCGACCAGUGCCUGAGGCAGCACAGGGCGUACCAGGCCGGCGUUCUCGAGAGCCAGCCGUGGAGGCCGCAGCGAGGGCUGCCGGAGCGCGCCGUCUCCAUCCUCCGGGCCUGGCUGUUCGAACACUUCCUGCAUCCGUAUCCAAGCGACGUGGAUAAGCACAUCCUGGCGCGGCAGACGGGCCUAUCACGCAGCCAAGUCUCCAACUGGUUCAUCAACGCGAGGGUGAGGCUGUGGAAGCCCAUGGUUGAGGAGAUGUACGCGGAGGAGAUGAAGGGCCCGCAGGAGGGCGGCGCCUGCAGCAACGCCGCCGCGAACAACAGCAGCAGCAACGCGAACCCUAGCGGCGUCUACGGCGGCGGCGCCUCCGAGCGGCUAGGGCAGGGGCGCGGCGGCGGCGACGACGGCGGCGGCGAGCGGAAGCCGACGCGGGCGCAGCUGCAGGUCCACGACGCCGGGUCCCUGGCCUCCGUCGUGAGCAUCGGCAGCGGCAGGGGCCCGCAGAACAUCGACUUCGGCAUGAUGGACGGCCACCUCGACUUCGACGCGUACAGCGACGCCCACGCCACGGGGCCCGGCGGGCACCACGGCUUCGGCGGGGGCGUGUCCCUCACGCUGGGGCUGCAGCAGCACGCCGGCGGCGACCCGCACGGCGGCGUGAACGUCGCGUUCGCGGCCGCGCAAUCGUCCGCGGCGGCGCACGAGUUCCUGUUCAUGGCGGGCGGCGGCGAGCAGCAUCAGCAGCAGAUGGUCGCUGACCAGGGCCAGUUCACCGCCGGAAUGGACGGCGACGGCGUGGCCGCCUCGCACUACCACCACCACCGGGGCAUCAGCGCCGCCACGGGGUUCCAGCUCCUCCACGACCUGGCCGGCUGACAGCAUGAUUAAUUAGCACGUAGCAGGGGACGGAGGGACCGUGAUGAUCAGAGCGGAGUGCGUGCUUUAAUUUGCUUUUGGAUUGUGGAGGAGGUUCACGCGGUGGUUGACGGGGAUGCGCCAACGGCAGCGAGCAGCAGCUAGCGGACGGCAUUGGGCUUGGGCAUGGGGCGCAUGGCGCGAGCGCAGCUUGUGCGCCUCUUGUGUGUAAGGGCGCUUUGGAUUUUUGUAGGGGUUUAGAUUCCUCUCCCUUCAAUUCUUGGCAGGGUGUCCCUGUCUGUCCUGUCCAUAUGUGUGUAUCAGUGUAUCUCUCCGGUGCUAGCUCGGCCAUAACCAUUGUUGCUCGCCGCCGCCGCCGUCUUGCGUGCUCCGUUGCACGAUGGCGCGUUAUGCUUGCGAGCGUCCAUUGGUUUUCUUCUUUUUGAGACUGGUAUAUACAUGUGCCUUACUAUGGGUAAAUCAAAUUUAUCUAUGAGCAUCGAUGCUCGUCGAAUGAAAUAUUUUUUCUCUCAAAA